GUGUGGUGUUCAGUGUUUCGAGUUCUGUUCGAGUGACGGUGCGCCAGUGCGGUAAGCAAGCUGGAUGUUCGAGCUAGAUGAUCCACGGGAGAAGCUGAGACUGCUGGAAACGCCAGUGAAGGGCACGGACAAGUCGUCAGAUUCCAUCGACGGGGACGCGCUGAAGGAGCUGAACGGUGGAGCGGAAAACGGGGUCGGUGGUGACAGUGACGGAACCGCCCUGGCGAUGACCACCAUCGGCCAGAUCAAGGCAAAGGGCCGGCCGGGACUGUUACCACGAAAUGGGGCCGGCGGUGAACCGGACGAUGGCGAGCAGCGGGAAACGUGGAGCGGGAAGGUCGACUUCCUGCUGUCGGUCAUCGGGUUCGCUGUCGAUCUGGCCAAUGUGUGGCGUUUCCCGUACCUUUGCUACAAGAACGGUGGUGGUGCGUUCCUGGUACCGUACGGCAUAAUGCUACUGGUCGGUGGCAUUCCACUGUUCUACAUGGAGCUGGCGCUCGGUCAGUUCAACCGGAAGGGUGCCAUCACCUGCUGGGGUCGGCUGGUGCCACUGUUCAAGGGCAUCGGUUACGCGGUCGUACUGAUUGCGUUCUACGUCGAUUUCUACUACAACGUCAUCAUUGCGUGGUCGUUGCGAUUUUUCUUCGCCUCCUUCACCGAUAGCCUCCCGUGGACACAUUGUUCCAACACUUGGAACACGGCCGAAUGUAAACCGUUCGGGUUUACGGGGAAUAGUUCCGUGCAGGCGGUAAACCGAACCGGAGUUUUGGCGUCGAAUGUAUCGGCCACGGUCGUUACUAGCACCAUCAACGAUACAAAGUUUGCAUCGGCUGCGUCGGAGUACUUCAACCGCUACAUCUUGGAGCUGGACAAGAGCGAAGGAAUACACGAUCUCGGUGCGAUCAAGUGGGAUAUGGCGCUCUGUCUGCUUGCCGUCUAUCUCAUCUGCUACUUCUCACUGUGGAAGGGCAUCAGUACCUCCGGGAAGGUGGUUUGGUUUACGGCUCUUUUCCCGUACGCCGUACUCUUGAUUCUACUCGUCCGUGGCAUCACACUUCCUGGAUCGGCUGAAGGUAUUCUGUACUAUCUGAGGCCCAACUUUGACGUCAUCUACAAUGCGGAGGUUUGGGUGGACGCCGCUACGCAGGUGUUUUUCUCCUUGGGACCGGGUUUUGGAGUAUUGCUUGCUUACGCUUCCUACAACAAAUACCACAACAAUGUAUACAAGGACGCUCUAUUGACCAGCUUGAUCAACUCGGCUACCAGCUUUGUGGCGGGAUUUGUCAUUUUCUCCGUGCUUGGAUACAUGGCACAUGCCAGUGGACAAAGCAUCAAGGAUGUGGCCACCGAGGGCCCGGGAUUGGUGUUUGUUGUGUAUCCGGCCGCGAUCGCCACCAUGCCGGGAAGUAUCUUUUGGGCGCUAAUUUUCUUCAUGAUGCUGCUAACGCUCGGACUUGAUAGUUCGUUCGGUGGAUCGGAAGCGAUCAUCACGGCGCUGAGCGACGAGUUUCCCAAGAUUGGACGCAAUCGGGAGAUUUUUGUGGCGAUUCUAUUCUCGCUGUACUUUGUCGUUGGUUUGGCGAGUUGUACGCAGGGUGGAUUCUACUUCUUCCAGCUGCUCGAUCGUUAUGCGGCUGGAUAUUCCAUACUGAUCGCGGUGUUUUUCGAAGCAAUUGCUGUGUCCUGGAUAUAUGGUACGGUUCAAUUGGGCGAGAUAAAUCUACAGAGCUUUUAUGAACAAAUUUUAUACGUUUUAGGGACGGAGCGAUUCUGUAACGACAUCAAGGACAUGAUUGGUUUCGCACCCGGUAUCUACUGGCGCGUUUGCUGGAAGUUUGUGGCACCGCUGUUUCUGCUGUUUAUCAUCAUCUACGGAUUGAUCGGACACGAACCACUCAGCUACGAGGAUUACGUGUAUCCGUCAUGGGCAAACGUGCUCGGAUGGUGUAUAGCGGGAUCGUCAAUGAUCAUGAUACCGUUGAUGGCAAGCUACAAGCUUAUUGUUACACCGGGAAGCUUCCGACAGCGUAUGAAAAUUCUAACCACUCCUUGGCGUGAUCAGCAGUUGGCUGUCAAUGGAGUAACAAUCGAACCGGCACAGGUUCGCUUGACGCACUCGGACGAAGGUGAAGAGGUUUGAGUACGUGCGCGAUUCUAUGCCCCACGGUUCGAUAUAUACUUUGUGUGAGAA